UCGGCGGUCGCUCUUCCUCCGUUCCCGUUGCUGACGAAGACACACGUUGACAGCUCGCCGCUGCCCUGUUUGCAUUUCUGUCCCAGAGACUCGUUUCAAAUUCUAAAGAAAUUCCAGUAAUCGCAGAGCUCUGCUGGCGACUGGACGUCGGGAUCCGAGUAUCUGGAAGCCAAGAAGCUGGCAAGACGGCAGCCAAACAGCCCAAGAAUCCAAGAAGCCAAGGAGACGAGACGAGGGCAAAGCGAAAAAAGUGAGAGCAGCCGGAAAUCGAAAGUGAUGUCGGCGGGAAUCGUCGACAUGGGCUGCACCGGUUGGUGGAUGCCCUCGGCGCAGAGCCUGAGUGUGCUGCUGGUUCCGGGUGUGCUGGUCCUGGUGAUUCUCUACCUGUGCGAGCACCAGUACGACGACAUACUGGGUGUCUCGCCGCCGGGUCCCUGGGGCCUGCCAUUGCUGGGCUACCUGCCCUUCCUGGACGCCCAUGCGCCGCACAAGUCACUCCAGCGGCUGGCCAAGCGGCAUGGCGGCAUCUUUGAGCUGAAAAUGGGCCGGGUGCGCACCGUAAUCCUCUCGGAUGCCGCCCUGGUGCGGGAUUUCUUUCGCCGCGAUGUGAUGAGUGGCCGGGCGCCGCUCUACCUCACCCACGGCAUCAUGGGCGGAUUUGGCAUCAUCUGCGCCCAGCUGGACCUUUGGCGCCAUGCGCGGCGCGAGACCAUCGAUUGGCUGAAGGCCUUGGGCAUGACCCGUCGGCCGGGGGAGCUGCGCGCCCGGCUGGAGCGGCGCAUCGCCCGCGGGGUCGACGAGUGCGUCCGGCUCUUCGAGACGGAGGCGCAGAAGAGCUGUGCGUCGGAAGUGGAUCCGCUGCCGGCGCUCCACCACACGCUGGGCAACAUCAUCAACGACCUGGUCUUCGGGAUCACCUACAAGCGGGACGACCCCGACUGGCUGUACCUGCAGCGGCUGCAGGAGGAGGGCGUCAAGCUGAUUGGCGUCUCCGGGGUGGUGAACUUCCUGCCCUGGCUGCGCCACCUGCCCGCCAACGAGCGCAACAUCCGCUUCCUGCUGGAGGGCAAGGCCAAGACGCACGCCAUCUACGACCGCAUAGUGGAGGCCUGUGCCCAGCGGCUGAAGGAGAAGCAGCAGGCGUUCCAGGAGCUCCAGGAGCGGAAGCGCGUGCAGAGGCAGCUGGAGAAGGAGCAGCGGCGACAGUCAACGGAGGCGGAUCCCAGCCAGGAGAAGAGUGUGCCGGAAAGUGAGGCGAGGGAGGACGAGGAUGAGGAGGAGAGCUACGAGGAGGACGUGUACGAGCCGGAGAGCAUCCUGGAGCACUUCCUCGCCGUACGAGACACGGACUCGCAGCUCUACUGCGACGACCAGCUGCGUCAUCUGCUGGCCGAUCUGUUUGGAGCCGGGGUGGACACCUCACUGGCCACCCUGCGCUGGUUCCUGCUCUACUUGGCCCGCGAGCAACGCUGCCAGCGGCGGCUGCAUGAGCUCCUCCUGCCGCUGGGUUCGUCGCCCACUUUGGAGGAGCUGGAGCCGCUGGACUACCUGAGGGCCUGCAUUUCCGAGACGAUGCGCAUACGCAGCGUGGUCCCACUGGGCAUUCCGCACGGAUGCAAAGAGGACUUCGUCAUGGGCGACUAUAACAUCAAGGGCGGUUCGAUGAUCGUUUGCCUGGAGUGGGCCAUUCACAUGGAUCCCGUGGCGUUCCCGGAACCGGAGGAGUUCCGCCCGGAGCGUUUCCUGACCCCCGAGGGCACCUACCAGGCGCCGCCACAGUUCAUCCCAUUCUCCUCCGGCUACCGCAUGUGCCCCGGCGAAGACAUGGCUCGCAUGUUACUCACGCUCUUCGCGGGUCGCAUCAUGAGGUCCUUCCACCUGGAGCUGCCCCCGGGCGCAGUGGUGGACAUGGCGGGCGAGAGCGGCAUCACCCUGACUCCUGCUCCGCACAGGCUGCGAUUCACCAAGCUGCCUGCGGUGGAGAUGCGCCGUGAACCCGACGGCGCUGUGGUGCAGGAUUAGGUUGCAUGAGUGCAUCUGGUGGCAUCCGGUUUUUUUGUAUCCCUAACUAUUACAGUCUAUUUUUUUUGUGAAUGGUGGAUUAUUUGAUUGGUUUUUUUUAUGGACAUAACAUUUUUUAGGCAAUUUCCAGUUCCAUUUAAUAAAUAUUUCUACUAUUUUUCAUGUGUCAAUUAUAAUUAUAAUGCAUAUUUUAUGCUGCCCAAUGUUGAUAUAGAUUGCUUAAAUUGUCGAAUGAGUAGAAUGAAUGCAAAUGUAGGUAUUGCAAUAACUUCACUUGACCAAACUAUUCUUUUAUAAAGUAGAAUAAUAAUAAAGUAUCUUAGGCAAACCGCAGUCAAAG